AUGGCCGCGGUGGCAGCUCCGCACCUCAGUGCGACGGCCUCGGGAGCCGCAGCCGCCGCCGUCGGCCCCGCAGCCGCGGCCGUCCCCGCGCCCGCCGCUCUCCCGCUGCCUCCGCCGCGCGGGCCCUCCCCAGCUGAGGCGGAGGGAGCGGAGCGGCCCCGCGCAGAGUCCGCCGCCGCCGCCGCUGCCUCCUCCUCGGACCCGGGCCGCGCCGGAGCAGCGUCCCAGAGGGCGCGAGUAGGAGGGCGCGUCGCGGCGUCGCCGGGGCGGGACCUGGACCUGCAGGGACGCGCCGCCGCCCACCCGCCCGCGCCGCCGCCGCCAGCGCCGGGACCUGAGCCCGCGGCGCCGGCGCUAAGCGGGCCCCCGCCGCCCGAGCACCCUCGAGGACCCCGGGCGGCUGUGUGUGUCGCCGCCACCGCCAGGCCUGCGCCGCCGGAGCCCCACGGAGCCGCUGCCGCCGGGGACGGAGCCCAGGUGAGAGCGGCCGCCCGCUCCCUCGCCGCCGCGACUUUGCCCGGAGGUUCGCGGGCCCUUUGUUCGGCCGAGCCGGGGUGGGAGGUGGCCGAGCGACCCGCGUGCGUCCCCGGGAGCGCGUCCGUGGUGCCGGGCCCUGCCGGCCCGGAUAGCAGGGUCGCGGGUGGAUUUGUAACGGUGCCGCGGACUGCGGAGUAA